AAUAUUUGGCCGUUAUAUCACAGUUUUCACGCUUCAAAGCCUUAAAGUGUGGACAAAUUGAUCUGUCUUUUCUUGUGUUUGAUCUUUUAAGUAUUUUAUGGUCUGUUCCACCACACACAUGCACUCACUGGUCCUUGGCAUGGUGACUGAAUUGCCCUUGACUCGUAGUGGCGUUCUUUUUGCCUGACUGACUGGGAUUCCCGCACCAGUAAAGAUUUUAAAAUGUCCAGACAAAGGCCACAGCUGACAAAGAGCCCCAUCCCUGUGCUGUUGUUCCUCUUUAUGUGGUUACCGGCUUUCUUGUUGCUCCCUGUAGUAAGAAACAGUUGUAAGAUGUUUACUAAGAGGACAUGGACGCGGUAGGCGGUAACAUACGUGUUACCUUGGACUCCCCUCAGUUCCCUCUAUUCAUGUGCGGAAUCUCAUUGUUGGUGGGGACAUCAUUCAAGCUGGUGUUUUAAGGCCGGAGGGAGGCUCCCAGUUCAUUAGAGCUGUGUUUCAAGGGUUGGAGUAAGAGAGGGAUACUACGUCUUCUGGUGACAGUGCUGAGCAGUGGUGGUUCGUCUUCAAGAAGAUCCAGAGAUUCAGGAAAAAGAGCAGAAGGCAGCGGAGAGGCUGGGAAACCAGAGGGACAGACCCUGAAGAUGACACCUGCCAGUUUGGUUUUUGCAUGGUUACUGGUCACCACGAGGAUGGUCAAAUCCACGGUGUAUCUGCAGCCAGAGGAGGAGGAGCUCAAUGAAACUGUCAUCUGCACUAAUGACCAUAUGGAAGUUGUCAUUCCCAGUGCUUUUUUCCUCAACAGAGAGCCUCCAGUUUAUGUUGGGGAUUUGCAUUUAAAUGAUCCAGAGUGUCGUGGAGUUGAAGUGGGAGACGACUACGUCUUCAGCAUUAAGGCAAAUCUCUCUGACUGUGGAACAAUAAUGGCAUCAGAUGACACUCACAUCAUGUUCAUUAACACCAUACACAACAACGACUCGGAAAUUAUCACAAGAAACUACAUCAAUAUCACAUUUGUUUGCCGAUAUCCCAUCAACUACCUCGUCCAACAACCUAAUGGUGAAAACAUGAUCAGAGUCGAUGUCAGAACUAUUACUCUGAACACAGAGGAUGGAAACUUCUCUGUGUCAAUGAUGCUGUACAAAGAUGAAGCAUUUGAAGACAAAUGGACCACUGUGCCAUCGCUGACUCUGGAUGAUGACAUUUUUGUGAAAGUUUUCAUGAUACCGGCUCACCUGAUGCUGCGCAUGGAGAGAUGCUGGGCUACUCCAACCAGUGAUCCCUACAGCAAUAUCCAGUACACCUUCAUCAGAGACAGUUGCCCGGUGUUGUCAAAUGAACAGACCCUGAGUGUGCUGAAGAAUGGCCAGGGUCCAGAGGCCAUGUUUAGGAUACAAAUGUUCAAGUUUGUCGGCAGCUCUUACACCAAUGUCUUCCUUCAUUGCAACGUCCAGAUCUGCCACAACACUGUGGGGCUGUGCCAGCCUAACUGCUCCAGUGAAGAUGGAUUAAUGAGGGCACGGAGGGACAUCCCUCUCUCUCAUACAGUGUCAUACGGCCCAAUCAGACGACUACUAACCGAGAGCGAAAAGCCCUAUCUGACUACAGGCGGAGUACCACCUGUGGAGACCUUUGUCCUGGGAGGGCUGCUGGUCAUCUUGCUGCUGAUUACAGGAGUGUUUGGGAGACUCUGGCUUCGCUCCAGACGUUUUUACCCGGCGCGGGAAGCACAGCUCACCUUGUCGAACAUUCACCACAUCUCAGAGGUGGCCUCAUGAGUGUGAAGCAGGGAGAGAGGGACCUUUUUGUGAGCAGGGCAUGGACAUACAAACGCUUAAAUAUGUAAAAACACACACAUGUACAGGUGUGAUUUAUUAUUUUAUUUUGA